CUGUUCGUGUGAAACACCACCAUCAUCAUCAUCAUGUUCUCUAGUUUAAUGCUUUCGGUACUUCUCGUUCAAAAAUAGCUUCCUCGCGGCAUUUUAGCGUACUUGGUGUUCCGCGGAAAUGACUAAGUAUGAAUACUUCAUAUCUUCUGACACACGGCAAGUGGACCACAGCAAAUGACUCAAGAUAUGCGAACAUAACCCGCUAACCCGGUAGCAAAACUCAGUGACAAGACACCGCCAGCGUCAGUAGGCGGCGCUGAAAAGCCCCUUUACAACGUAGCCCGAAGGCGGUUGUCAUGGAGACCGCGAUAAACAGAAACGAAUUUGAGUGCCGGUGACUGCGCAGGUGCAGCCAGUGCAGCCGCUGAGAUGGCGAGAACGACACGGGAUGCGCGAGGACAGGUGCCGUAGAGCCUCUGUAUAGAACUCACACUUCACAGCCAGACGAGCUCUUCGAAACAGGGAUACGACAGGGCAGUUGGCAUCAGAACACAGGAAACACGCUCGAGAGACACUUCAGAGGUCAUCUGAGGAGGGAGGAGGGGAAGCAUGACAAGGGAGCGCUGCGAUUUGGGGCGCCGGGAUCCGUAGGGACAGUGACGGCAUGGAGGAUCCAGUACCCGAGAGCGAUUACAGGGCAGAAAGAGACGAAGCAGAACGUCUGCCUGGAGGUGCAUAUGACCUGACUCCUCAGAGCAGGGGAGACCCCCAGAGGGAGAAUCCGAACCCCGCCCCAAGCCGACGGAACACACACACCCCCUCAGCAUCCCAGCCUGAGAGUGCACUGCCCGCCGAUGGUCGGAUAAGGCGCAGCUUCUUCAACCUACCUGUGAUCAACCCAGACAGACUGCGCACAGCAAAAGCUUUGGUGGACAAGGCUGUGAAGUUGAAGAAGGUGUUUUCUGUGCAGGGUCCGUACCCUGUGGUCCGUGCUGCCCUCAGGGCAAGGGGAUGGGUGGAACGUUACCUCCCACGCCCGACCCCACAGAUUAGGCAUCCCCAUGGAGAUGAUGAUGAUGAUGGCGACAACAGGGAUGACAGUGAUGACAAUGAUGAUAGUGCAGAAGAGGUGGAAAAACAAGACGGCUCAGACAACUUGUAUGACCUCAUGUCUCGCCUGGUUCGUAACGAAUCUACGUAUCUCUACUGGACAAUGCGGAGAGAUGCGAUUGACUGUCGCACACUGCGAAAGGAGCAGAUGAUCAAUCAUUAUGCAAAGGCAGGAACUUUCACCACAAAGGUUGGUUUAUGUGUAAACCUAAGAAACCUGCAGUGGUUUGACGCAGCGGACCCAGACACCUUCUUCCCACGUUGCUACAGGCUCGGCGCAGAGGACGAGAAGCAUGCCUUCAUUGAGGACUUCCGGAGGACAGCCUGCAACAGCCUGUUGCAGUACGUUGUUGAGAGGCAUUACAGGCAGCAGCGGGAGGGAGAAGUUGCCAGGGUCAAAGUCACAGGGCCAAGCCACUCUCAGGGUCAGAAGAAGCAAAAUAAGCGUCGAGCCAUGCAAAUGGUUGGCUCUGGAAUGAUUGACACUGCAUUACAAGUUUGCCAGGACUUCCUGGACUGUUUAGAUCAUCAUGAUAUUGACAUUGCCAAAGAAACUUCAUCUUCUCUCACAGAACAACAGUGGGCAGAAUUUCUUCACAACUAUUACCUUGUUGUGCAUGAUGGAGUGGAAAUGGAGGAUAGUGCUUGGUAUGUCGAUCGAUGUCACACAAUGCUGCAGAGGCUGCAAGCGGUCUGUCCGCAGCUUGACACAGACGGAAUCCAUAACAUCUGGAUUGUCAAACCUGGAGCCAAGUCACGCGGCAGAGGCAUCCUGUGUUUUAAUCGACUGCAUGACAUCCUGAAGCUCGUGGACAGCGAUCCUUCUUUGAUCAAGGACAGCAAGUGGGUGGUGCAGAAGUACCUGGAGCGUCCCUUUCUGAUUCAUGGCACCAAGUUCGAUGUACGCCAGUGGUUCCUGGUUACCGACUGGAAUCCCCUGACUGUAUGGUUCUACCGGGAAUGCUACUUGCGCUUCUCUACUCAGCCCUACUCUUUAGAAACACUGGAUAGCUCAAUACACCUAUGCAACAACUCUAUCCAGAAGCACUUCCAGCCAUCAGAGCUACGUCACCCAGAGGUGCCUGAGGACAACAUGUGGUCAUGUGAGCAGUUCUGUUCCUUCCUGUCCAAGCAGGGCCGGGAAGCCCAGUGGAGGGACAUCGUGGUCCCUGGGAUGCAGCAGGCGGUGGUACAUGCCCUACAGACUGCUCAGGACCUUGUGGAGUCGCGGAGGGGUAGCUUUGAGCUCUACGGGGCAGACUUCAUGUUGGGCCGAGACUUGAGACCAUGGCUGAUUGAGAUCAAUGCCAGCCCAACCAUGGCCCCCUCCACAGCUGUGACAGCUCGUCUGUGUGCCGCUGUACAGGAGGAUACCCUACGUGUGGUGCUGGACCGCCGACUUGACCGGAACGCCUCCACUGGUGGCUUCGAGCUCAUAUACAAACAGCCCGCUGUUGAAGUUCCACAGUAUGUGGGAGUAAAUCUGCUGGUGGAGGGGGCUUCCCUGAGACGACCUCGCCUUGCUUCUCAGAGAAGGAACACCUUCCUCCAAGAGCAUGAAGCCGACGCCCAGCCUAGACCCAGCCAGCUGGGACAAGAGGCAGCUGCAAAAACUGCCAAAUCUGCUGUCCGCAAACCAAGAGCAACUGCAGAGAAGCAAGUGCAGCUCAGGCCAACCAUAUCCUACAACAAGACGCCUGCCGCGACCAUAUUCCAUUCUACAGAAAAUGAGAACCACACAGAGAGUGAGAGGAAAGGACUAGCGCCUGUAAGGAGACGGAACCCUGUUGUGUUGGGUCGGCCUUUCAGUCUCUCCCCACUCAGGGUGCCCCGGAAGGUCACCGCAGACCGUUCCGGCCUCAGAGUAGAACCUAGGAACCCAAGACGGCUGGGUUUCACCAGAGCGACAGCUGUCCACUUACCCCAGUAUAACCUGUCCCGCUCUCUGGAUACAGCGUGGAACACUUACCGCUCUCAUAUCCCACACCGCCUGACGCAGCCCACUCUGAAGCCCUUACUACGGGCCCCUCGUGACCUUCCCGCCCUGCAGGGUCCCAUCUUACCACUGAAGGUCAUCAGCCUGCAACUGAGUCUGCUAAACAACACGCACACCAUUCCUCAUACUGCACACGUCUCAAAUCCUGGCCUCCAGAUGCGCCAGUUCUUAUCCCCAAAACAGGCCGUGACCCCCUGCAAGGAAGGUGGUCACAAGUCCUCAUAAGAAGUACAGAGCAGGAGGGCCAGAAACUUAAAAAUAAAGUUGGUGCGGGAUAAUUUUCCGUUGCAGAUUGUCUGUGUUUAUCUGAAUUUACCUGUGGUGUACUUAUUCAUGGAGGGAAAUCCCAUCACCAUUUGGAUUGUACUGGUGCCAUGCAACUCUUGGGAUGCGGGUUUUUAACCCAGCAUCAACUGUUUGGAGUUUGCAUGUUCUUUGUGGGUUUCCUGCCAUAAUACAAAGACGUUCAUUUUAGAUGAAAUGGUGACUCUAAAUUACCCCUAGUGUGUUUAUAUGAGUGAGAUAGUGUGUGACUGUUCUGCUCUGUUGUGUGGAUGGGUAGAUAACUGAGGAGAUGAAUGUUUCUGGCAUUGUAAGAAGCCUUGGACAAAUGUUUCAGUUAAAUACAAAUUUUUGUUAAAAAAUACAUUUUUUAAUCAUUAGUAGUUUUAUAAAAGUGCAUGGCCCUAAGGUGAAAAGGUUAGAAUACAUAACAGGUAUCCCCAGCACCUCUGAUACUGUAUAUUCUAACUGUUUGACCUUAUGUUGAUAUGACCAUGCACUGUUCAUAAAACUAAUAAUGAUUGAAAAAACCCUGCACCACGGUGGCACCCUGGGUUCAGCCAGUGCACGGUGUGGGGUGGGUAUGGGAUUUGAGCCCUGCUUGGGGUGUCUUG